AUGGGCGCCGAAGGCACGCUGUCCGAUCCGCUCCUUGUUCAACGCGAGGCGAGCGACGCAAAGUCCCACCUCACAGCGGGCAACCUGGACGCCGACGUUCUCGUCGUCGGGGCAGGCCCCGUCGGGCUGCUCACCGCCAUCGAGCUCACUCAGCGCAAGGUGAAGGUGGCCAUCAUCGACCGCUGGCCAGAGCAGGAGAUUAAGACCAAGGCUAUCGGUGUGGCCAAGGCGAGCCUCCAGAUAUUUCCGAUUCCCGUCGCCAGGCAAAUCGAGAAGGAGGCGUGCAAGCCAAAGGGCUCACGGGUCACAGAGGUUGUUGGGAGCGAGAGCACGACCAUCAUAGCCAUCACUGGCUCGGACAAACCGGCGAAGAAUGAAUACGCGCCGCUGUACACCAUCGAGCAGUGGAAGACCGAGAGGUUUCUCGAAAAGUUCCUCAACGGGCUGGGCGUCCAGAUCCAGAGGCCUGUCGUCUUGAAAGACUUUGAGCAGACUGACUCUUGCGUGGAGUGCGUCCUUUCCUUUGAGGGUGGGCAGCACGUCGAGGAGGGGCAGGAGGCGCGACAGAUGCGAGUCAGCUACCUUGUCGGCUGCGACGGCGGCGCAAGCUUCGUCCGCAAAAAGCUCGGUUUUGAGUUCCAGGGCGACGUGGCCAAGGCGUCCUUCGUUUCGGCGCAUUGCAGAUUUGACAAGCAGGCGGGCAAGGAGGACUGGAGCGACAUCUUCUUCGGGAAGAAUGUGCCCGGCGGCAACCCACUCGUCUCUGGUUUCUGUGUGUCCCUGCCCCUCAACAACAACGAGCACCUGAUCAACCUCGACCUCGACGAAGAGCAGCAGAAGGGCUUCUUGCUCGACGAGGUGGACGCGCAUGGGCUGCGCAAGCUAAAGGAGCUGACGAUUGACGACAUCCUUGACAUGUUUCGUGCUCGGACUGGCUGUCCAGAAACCACGGUCAAGCCGGAGAACGUCAUCUGGAUAGCUCACUACCGCGUUAAUAGCCGCCUCGCAGAGCACUUUGGCGCCGGACGGGUGUAUCUCGCCGGCGAUGCAUGCCACUGUCAUUCUCCAGUGGGUGGCCAGGGGAUGAACAUGGGCCUGCAGGACGCAAAGAACCUCGCCUGGAAGCUCGCCACCGUCAUCAAGAAGCAGGCUUCGCCGUCGCUUCUCUCGACCUAUGAGCAGGAACGACGAGGCAUCGACGCUGUCAUCACAAAAGCCGUCCACGCCGGCACAUCGCUCUUCAGCCACCGUAACCCGCUGGUAUUCUUCCUGCGGGGCCGCCCGCAGCGCGUGAUAGGUGCCACAAUCAGCGUCGUGCCGGACGCAGCCAAGACGUCGAGGGGAUGGUCGUACAGCGGGUCGCCCCUGGCACAGGAGCAUUGGGAGCGACCCGAUCUGCUCAAUACCCUGCGGGACAUCCUUCGCGGGCCGUUCAAGAUCUACCGAAGGCGCCAAAACCUCUUCCGCUGGAGCGCGAAGUUGGGCGGUCGCAUCAGCGCGGGGGACAGCAUACCGCCCGUGAUGCUCGAUCCGGACGACAUUAACAUCACAGCAGACCACCUCGAGAGGCACGGCGGAAUGCAGCACUUGUACGACGUCGUUCGGAGCUCGCCCGGUUGGACCCUCCUCAUCUUUGAGGGCUCGGCCAGCGCGAAUAAGGAGUCCAGCGCAAACGGCCUACCCAUCUGGUCCUUCGACCAGCUGGUGACGAUGGGGGAGGAGGUGCAGGAGGCGGACGGCGGCGGCUUGGUCGACAAGGUGAUUGUCUUCCCGAGCAGCGACUUUGAGGCGCACGAGACCUUCAGCAUCCUCGCGCAGUGCCUACUUCUGGUGAGGCCAGAUUUGUACGUCGGCUUGCGCUCGGAGCCAGUGAGGAAGGGCGCAAUCACGCGCUACCUGACCGGCAUCGGUGCAGUCGGCCUACCGCCAGCGAGUGACGAGUGCCCACCCGGGACCACCGUGUUUGACCCGCUGCCUGCCGCCAUUGCGCUCGUGGUACUAGCCAUCGCAAUCUCCGUGUACUUUUUCGUGUGA